GAGCCAAGCAACAGAUAAAAGAGCGAGUUAGACGUUGUUCCUCAAUCUCCGAAACCAUCAGCAGGGGCAUCAUCAUGCAUAUUAUGACCCCGGAUGAGCAGAAGGGGAAGAAAUUAAAAUUCACAGCAAGCAAACCACCGAGACCAUCGGAGUCAAAAAAGAGUAGCGAAUCCAAAUGUGGCGCAUUCAGAUGCGCCGUAAAAUGGAUAGUGGCAGUCAUAGUAUUUUCGGUCGUCUUAACUUGUCUUGUUACCAGCAAGAUUUGUUUUUUGGUUCUAGGGCAGCAGUUGAAAAGUUUCAAUGAAUCUACAGCGAAUUCUUCCCUGGCAGUGGAAAAUUCUUCCGAAAUAAACAAACAGGCAGUGUUUUUGAUGUUCGUUCUGGCUUUAAUGAUCCCAGAAGCUGCCUGUUUGAUACACGCAAUUUGGACAUGUCUGUGGAAAAAACAUCGACCAUGGCCGUCAAAGAGAGCCUCUAUGCUUACCUUAGUUGGUGGAUUUUUAGAAGCUUGUUCCCUUUGUUACAUCACAGUGGUGAUGGUGACCACACUACCAGUGAGCCCUGACUUUCUCGUGCUGUUCAUGUGCAGUAUAGCCGGGUUGCCGUUAACAUUACGGGAAGUCUACGGGAAACUAUGCCAGCGAAACCACCCAACCAGUUUGUGGGAUACCCUGAGAUCCCUGGUGUCUACCCUUUGUUUUCUUGCUGGCAAUAUCAUGCUGUCUUUGAAGGUGACUGACCUGAAAGGAGUAAUUUCGGGUCAAUUUGCCCUUUUCCUACUGUCAGUUGUUUGGUCACCAAAGUUUAGAAAACUUCAAAUUCAAAGUAAAGCUGGCGAGGAGGAGAGGGAGAUGGGAAGGGAACAAAGUACUAAUGUGGCAGAGGAAUGUGUUGAUACGCUACGUAAGCCGGGAACUAGUUCGAAAUUCGAUCCGAAGGAGGCAUUCGGAGCAAAGCCUAGAGAUGACGAAAUUCUCAGGGAAAUUAGCAACAGCAGUGAAGGAUCAUUGCAAAGUGAACCCGGACCUCCCAGGUUGACCAGAACAGCUCAAGCGAAAGCUGCCGUGAUUUCUUCCCUUUGUAAACUUGUCUUCAUACCUGCAAUGGCAGUUGCAUUUUCAAGUAUUUUUGAUAUUGUGAACAUUGGGAAGCCUGACAUUUCUGACGGAUUUAAGGCCAUAACAACAUCUAAUCCGUCAUUUUUAUACUUUAUAUUCCACAUCAUGGCUAGCUUCUUUGGAUACCAUUUUGGGUGGAUCUCGUGCUCUCUUCGUAUGCAGAAAAUUGGAUUGGCUCUUCCCUUGACACUAGCGACACCAAUCGCAGUCAUGAUAACUCAUCUUAAAGGGCUUUGCGAAACAGACACAAUCCCAUUACCAUGUGCAUCAGAAGACAGACCCUAUGUUCUUAGUGCGGGACUCCUUCUGUGGUCAGCACAAUGUUUGGGGGCCAUGUAUUACUUGUGGGGAAGUCCAGGAAAGAUUUUGGGAAAAGUGUACGACUUACUUUGGAUUCCUUGUUAUAAUGGUGUGUGCCUUGAACAGUACUUGUUGACGAACAAACGAAACCUUUCAUCUGAUUUGGAACCCUCUUCACUGGAAAAUGCGUCAUCUUCCAACCAAAAGGACAGCAAAUUACAUGUGUUCAUCUGCACGACAAUGUAUCAUGAAAAAAGGGAAGAAAUGGAACAACUUCUGGAGUCAGUUUACGAUGUCCUCAAAAAUGGCAAUUCAGAGCACCAUUUUGAAGCACACGUGUUUUUUGAUGGGUGCAUCAGGACAGAAGAGCUUAAUAGUUAUGUUCUGCAGCUGGCUUCGUUGGUAGAAAAUACUUUAAAAGUGGAAGACCUUAACGAAUGUAUCAAGGUUAAGACCGCCUUUGGUAUGCAGCUUAAGUGGAAACUUAAAUUAAAAACAGAAACAUCCUUCACAAUACACUUAAAAGACAACGCAAAGGUGAAGAAUAAGAAGAGAUGGAGCCAAGUAAUGUACAUGUCCUACGUUUUGGAUUUCAAAAUCGUCGUAGAAAAAUUAAAAGACGACCAGUGCUUUAUCCUCGCAACAGAUGGCGACGUUAAAUUUACCCAUGAGUCCGUUGAAGCCUUAAUUGAUCAAAUCUGCGAAGACCCUAGAACUGGUGCUGUGUGUGCUCGUACCUAUCCCCUAGGAAGUGGACCUGUAGUUUGGUACCAAAUAUUUGACUAUGCUGUCGGCCACUGGUUCCAAAAGGUGACCAAUCACAUGCUUGGGUCAGUCUUGUGUUGUCCUGGAUGUUUCAGCUUGUACAGGUGCAAGGCUGUGAGGGAUGUUUUGCCAAAUUAUGCCACCUGCGCGGACAACGCUUUUGAAUGUCUUACCAAAGACAUGGGGGAGGACCGUUGGAUGUGCACACUGAUGAUACAAAGUGGUUGGCGAUUGUCAUACUGCGCUGCCGCAGAGAAUAGCACUUUUUGCCCGGAGAGCUUUGACGAGUUUUAUAAACAACGAAGACGAUGGGCGCCAUCUACACUGGCCAACCUCGUUUUACUUAUCAGAGAAUGGAGGCAGACAACAAGUAACAACGAGCAUAUUUCUUCUUUGUUUAUUGUUUACCAAGCAUUCCUUGUCUUCUCCACAGUGAUCGGAUGUUCCACGGUCAUUUUGGUCAUAGUGGGUGGAAUGGUACUCGCGGGUGUUCCGAUCGGCCAAAUAACAACAUCAGUGCUUCUUAGUCUUGUUGUUGUUGGUUACGUCUUUGUCUGCCUUUACGCUCCCCCAAAGUGGCAGCUUAAAGUGUCAAAGAUACUGACCUUUUCUUUCUCAGUAAUCAUGUGCAUUGUAGCGGUCGGAUUGGCUGUCCAAGUUUCCAACGAUUUAAAGGAAAGAAAAGUUGAGCCAACUAUGGCAACGACGAUACAGACAGAAACGACGUCGUCAACAACACCAAAACCUUUAGAACACCAUCUCCCUGCAGGAGUGAGCAGCCUCUACUUAGCUGGGCUGACAGGAAUCUUUGUAAUCUCUGCUCUCUUGCAUCCAAGUGAAAUCACUUGUUUUUUUUAUGGAUUUUUGUACUUCUUAGCCCUUCCAUCUGGCUAUCUCUUGCUGACAGUUUACGCUAUCUGCAAUCUAACUGACAGUUCUUGGGGAACAAGAGAAGAAAACUCAGGAGAGAAAAGCAACCAAAAUUCAUUAUGGGACCUUUGCUUAUGUUGUCGAUGGACCAGAUCAGAUAAGGGUGGAAAUGAGAGAAAGAAACUCUCAGAUUCCGAGGGGCCCGGGCCAUCAGGUCUAAACACGAACACAGGGACUGUAGUUCAAGAAGGCAAUGCGAAUAAUGCAGGAACCGCGCCUGUCGACGGAGUAAAUAGCAGUGAGGCCAAAGGAAAAACCCCUCUUACGAAAGAUGAAAUCCACGCAAUCCACUCAAAAAAAGCAAUGAACCUUUUAAAUUCGAAUGAAGAGGACUUGUCCGAGAAGGGAUUGGUAGAUUUUCUGAGGGAAGGAAAACUUGAGAAAUAUUACCAAGGUUUUCUUGACAAUGGGUAUGAAUUUGUAGACGACUUGUUUGGAAUAAAGGAGGAAGAUCUUAAGCAGAUCGAAAUCAGCGAGGAGGAUCGUCCAAAGCUCCUGGACCAAACCAAGAGGAUUCUUCCGCAUAGAAAAAAGCAUGAAAUGCCAGAAGACAUUGAAGGCUGGUUGAAAAAGCACCAUCUCAGAGAUUAUUAUUUAAAAAUCACAGGGGAAUUCAAACAUCUAUGGGAACUUCGAAAAUUGAAAACCAAGCCCGAAAGGGAACUCAAGGAAUUCGCAGAGAAAAAGUUUGGGAUAAAAAAACCAGGCCAUUUUAAAAGGCUGCUUAGGGCUGUUUACAGUUUACAGGUGAAAGAACAUGUACCGAUGACAGUCUCCUACACGGAGUACAUACUGACUAGUGUUCGGUCUGUCGAGAGUGAUAGUCAGUACUAUCCCAAAGACGAAAUAACUUUCUGGGAAAAAUUACUUGAAGAAGGAUUCCUUUCUCCGCAUAACGCAGCUUCAGCGUCAACGUCUUCUGCAGAAAAAGACCUCCAGAAGCUAAGGAUCACAACAUUUUGGGUUUUCGGUGUCAGCAACUUUUUGUGGAUGAUACUAAUACUGACGUUAGUACCAAGGAGAGACCUGAAGAUUUUAGGCCUCGAUGUCAUCGCACUUAGCUUCCUGAUCAUCUAUGGAGGGAUAUUCAUUGUCCAGUUUUUAGCCCUUUUGUGCCAUCGUGUUAAAACGAUCAUGCAUAUUUUGGCACGCACGCCGUGGACAGUACAUAAAAAGAGCGACUCUGGAAAAAAUGAAGGGAAAAAUGGACAAAGUGUUUUACAACAAAGAAAAAAUAGGAGAGUGCAUCCUUAUUUCCAGGCUUAAUCUCUUGUAUUGUCGUUCAGAUAGUCAGCUCGUCCAUUUUUUUUAAUCUCAUUAAUUCUCUUACGACCCCGUCAACAUUGGCUGUCCAAGUCGUUGUCAAUUAGAGACAUAACUUUCCUUCAAUUUGGUUUUAAUUCUAGACUGCAUUAGAAAGUGCUUAAAAGUUUGUAAUUUACUUUAAACUCAGAAAAAAAGUGAAAACUUUGUUUUGCCUCUGACAGGUGAGUUCUGUGUGGACCAAACACGAUAAAGCUCACGAUACGCGCACAAAAAUCAAGCCACAACUUAAGCACCUGUCAGGGUUAGAUCAGUUACGCCUAAUUGGCUAUUUCCUAGCAACACAACAACAUUGAGAGAUAAUUCCUGUGUUCACACUUUUUUGAUGUCUCACUCUAAGUCACCAAAUUGUUACUUUGAUCAUAAUCAUUGCAAACAGGUUAACAGGAACAUGUAGUUUUUAUCAGUGCUAAUUUUUCUAAAUUAAGUUUUAAAAUCUUAUAAGUGUAAGCAUCUACAAUGUAAUUAGUAUUAGAAGUAGCCCUAAGUAGCUAUUUUCUUUUAGUCAGUGUGUAUUAGUGAUCUGAACAAUUGCAAAACAGAAAAAACAAAAAAAUUUGUGCGUCAAGAAACAAUAAAGGGCUAAUCUAUAGAGUACUUUUGGCCAUAAUCCUGGAUUUGAAAAAGAUUCAGUAUCGGUCGUGAACUUAGCUGUCUAGUUUAUUUUGCUUCGCUCAUAAAAAAUAUGAAAUUCAACGUAAAAACUGCGGAACUUCUACUACGCUCAGCAAAGUGUAAGUACCACCAGUUGCUAUUUGACCAGCCGUAAACAGUCAUUGUAUGAUCAUAGUUAUGAUAAGUGUCAAACUGCACCGUUACCUGUCUUGGUCUAUUCAUUAGUUGUUUUCUAUCUGCGUCGUUUGGAAGUGAUUAAGCCGUUGUGAAAAGCGAAAUUCCUUCGUAGCCAAUCGUUCUUAUUCAGGUGGAAUGUAUUAGAUAAUGCAUGACAUUAAUUACCUAAAAUUCAGCGCUGUAGUUUAGGCUUAGAUAGGACUACAUCGUAAAUGCUAUCUUUGAACACACUAGGAACACACUAAGGCCAUAGCUGGCGGCACAUUGGUUCCAUGACUGUAUUAAACUCUACGUUGGAGUCAA